GAUGCUCAUACUCUUGACUGGACCGAGUUCAAAGAAAUGCCAGCCAAUAUUACUGCAUUCCGAUUUAUUGACCCUGCCAGCGAUGUAAUAAAGAAUAUUAGAAAAAUAUGGAGGGUGGACGCAACUAAUAUUAAGACCGGUACGGCCCUGCUCUACGACGCGUUAAACGUUUUCAUUACGGCCUUCCGGGACAUGGCGGCCAAAGAAGAUCCAAUAAUAAAACCUCUGGAUUGCGACGACUACGAGUUUUCGGAGCAUGGCCAGAGAAUUGGGGAACUCGUUAGAAAGCCUCCAAAAACGAGCAAAAAAAUUCUACCAGGCCCAUUAUCAGGUCCGAUAUUUUUCGACGACAGCGGCCAAAGAACAAACAUCGACCUGCAGAUUAUCGAAAGGUCUAAGACGGAGGUGGGCUUCAGAGUAUCAGGGACGUGGAAUUCCAAGAAGCCCAACGUCAUCCGGUAUGCUGUCACAUCGGAGGAAAGAGAGAAGGAACUGCAGAAGGAAAUUCAACAGAAGAAUUUCAGAGUAGUCUCCAAGAUCGGAGCUCCAUAUCUGAUGCACAGAAGCCCGCCGCCGGGCAAGUCGCUCUACGGCAAUGACAGAUGGGAAGGAUACGCCCUGGACCUAAUGCAGGAAAUAUGUCACAUUCUGAACUGCAGUUACACGUUCGAGGAAGUGCCCGACGGCAAAUAUGGAAACUAUGAUCCGGAUAAGAAAGAAUGGAACGGUCUUAUUGGGCACUUGUUGAAUAGAAAAGCCGAUCUUGCAGUUUGUGACUUAACCAUCACAUAUGAGAGAAGACGUGCUGUCGAUUUCACAAUGCCAUUUAUGACUCUGGGCAUAAGUGUGCUCUAUGCCAAAGCUGUCAAGGAACCUCCAGAAUUAUUAGCAUUUGCCCAUCCACUCACCUUAAAUAUAUGGCUCUAUAUGGCAACAUCAUACUUGGUCAUCUCUAUGAUUAUAUUUUUGGUAGCCAGGUUAAAUCCGAACGACUGGGAAAAUCCGCAUCCUUGUGACCCGAAUCCAGAAGAAUUGGAAAAUAUUUGGACCAUAAGAAACUGCUGCUGGUUGACGUUGGGCUCCAUAAUGGCCCAAGGAUGCGAUCUCUUGCCAAAAGGCGUAUCUACUAGGAUGGCAACAGCAGCUUGGUGGUUCUUUUCACUGAUAAUGACCACGUCCUACACUGCCAAUAUGGCUGCUUUUCUCACUAUGUCCCGUAUGGGUUUAACAAUCGAGAAAGCUGAAGAUUUAGCUACUCAAACUAAAAUUAAAUAUGAAUGUAUCACUACAUAUUUCUUUAUAGGUGGAUCCACUUCUUCGUUUUUCCAAGACACCAAUUUCUCUACGUAUCAUCAAAUGUGGGUGCAGAUGGAAUCGGCAGAUCCGACGGUUUUCGAGUCCAGUAAUGCAGAUGGCGUGAAGAGGGUAUUAAAUAGUAAAAGAAAAUACGCCUUUCUGAUGGAAAGCUCAUCGAUAGAGUACGAAACAGAAAGAAACUGCGAUCUCAUACAGGUGGGCGGUAUGAUCGAUUCGAAGGGGUAUGGAAUAGCUAUGACAGCGAAUUUCCAAUACAGGAAAGCUUUCAACGAGGCCAUAUUAAAAAUGCAAGAAAUGGGAAUUCUUAGUAGACUGAAAACAAAAUGGUGGACAGAAAUGAACGGUGGUGGAGUAUGUAAGGAGGAAGAACAUGCGGAUGACAAUGCUGCAGCAGAGUUGGGACUUGACCAUGUAGGUGGAGUGUUCGUAGUUUUAGCUGUUGGGGUUGUUAUAGCCUUGACUUUUGCUACGUGUGAGUUUAUAUGGAUGGUGAAGAAAGUGGCAAUAAGAGAGACAC